AAACCAGCAUAUAAUUUCAGUUUGAAUUCAGAGCACUCGUGGGUAAAAAUUAACUAGCCCUAAUACAGUUUUAAAUUAAGAAAGAAAAAUUUCAAAUUGUUAUUCGUGGUGAAGUUUUGAGCCGCGGCGGAGCUUUCUGUAAAAAUGAAAUCGUUCUGUUUAUUAUCACCAAUAUUAUUCAUCAUCAUAAGCAUCCACCAAAUUGCUGGAAAUGGCAUCCGAGUGCCCUUAUCAAAAUACGUGACUGGACAUAGAGUACACGAUCAAGAAUUGUAUGGAACCAUUUCAAUUGGAACUCCGCCACAAAAAAUCAAAGUUCUCUUUGAUUGGGAACUUGGUGUGAAUCACGUGCUCUCAAGUUAUUGCAACGAUUCAGUUUGCCGUGCCCAAAACCACAGUACUUAUGAACACAGAAUCUCAGAAACAUUCCGAAGUACUAAAUAUGACUUUGAUGAGCUAAUAGUGGUGCAGACCUUAGGUGCUGAAGUAACUGAUACAAUUACAAUAAAUAAUAUCCAGAUACCAGACGUACCAUUUUAUGUAACUAAGAGCUCUGAUUUAUUCAAAAGUAAACCAUACGAUGGUAUUGUGGGAUUAGGUUAUCAUAGCCAAAUAUUAGACUACUGCAAAAAAAUUGGAUUCCAGAGAAAAGUUUCGUUGUACAUCCAGGACAAUAAUACCUCUGAAUUGAUGUUAUGUGGCGAAGACGAGACAAAGUUUCGGGGUAACUUGAAAUACUUUACUGCAGAUUAUCAACUAUUUUCUGAUUCAGGAUGGAACAUUAAUGCGACGAUGCAAAGUGUUUUUUUGCGUCAUGCCGAAGAAUACGCUUCAACAAUGGAAUUCCCAAGUACUCUUUUCAUACUCAAUCCUAGCUCGUCAUACAUUACAGGGCCAGAAAAAUACAUGGAGAAAAUCUACAAAGCGUUGAACACCACAAUAUCUAAAAUUAGUAACUUGACGAAAGAGGUCGACUGCAAAAACAUUCAUACAUUACCGAAUAUCACGUUCAGAGUUGGUAACAAUAAUUUCACUCUUACAGGAAAUGAUUACAUCAAACAGGUGACGCAAAAUGAUCAACAGGUCUGCAUUCUUCGGUUGAAAUCACACAAAUACGAAACCAGCAACUGGGUUCUAGGAAACGUUUUCAACAGAAAGUUUUACACUGUAUUCGAUGCGGAGACGAACACAAUUGGAUUCGCCGAAAGCAUUCAUGAUGGGUCUGCUUAGAUGAUUUUACUUGUUUGAUCGGAAGAUGAAGUAACGUCUUGAAUACUUACCUAUCUACAUAUUAGUCCCUAUAUUCCAAGGUUAAAAUAUGAAUAUGUAAAAUGAAAACAUAGUUAAAACUAUACCUACCCAUUGUAUGCAUUUGUUUCAAAUUAAUAAAGUAAUUUUAAUGAUA